CGGCGGCGGCGGCGGCGGCGGCAGAGCGGCGGGGAUGGCGGGCGCGGGGGCCGAGGCGCGCUUCGCCGGCCUCUCGCUCGUGCAGCUCAACGAGCUGCUGGAGGACGACGGGCGCCUGGCCGAGAUGGUGCAGCAGAUGGAGGAGACACAGAAUGUUCAGCUUAGCAAAGAGAUGACACUGGCCAGCAACCGCAGCCUGGCGGAGGGCAACCUCCUGUUCCAGCCGCGGCUGGACGCACUGAAGGCCCGCCUGACCCAGAAGUACCAGGAGCUGCAGGCCCUCUUCGAGGCCUACCAGAUCCGGAAGACCAAGCUGGACAAGCAGUCCAGCAGCGCGUCCUUGGAAACUCUCCUGGCACUGCUUCAGGCCGAAGGUGCCAAGAUCGAGGAGGACACAGAGAACAUGGCUGAGAAGUUUCUGGACGGGGAGCUGCCCCUGGACUCCUUCGUGGACGUGUACCAGAGCCAGCGCCGCCUGGCACACAUGCGCAGGGUCAAGAUCGACAAGCUGCAGGAGCUGGUGCUGAAGGGACAGAGACUGGCCGCGGCUCCGCUGCCCGCCCGGGCGCCCGAGCCCGCCGCCCCCCUGCCUUACCCGGCCCCGGAGGCCAGUGGGGCCCCCUCAGCCCUGCCUCGGCGAGUCCCGCCCCCACCACCCCCCGUGCCAGCGGGCCGCCUGGCUACACCGUUCACGGCUGCAGCAGGCUCGCCGGGGCCGCCCUAUCCCGGACUGGCGUGCCCACCCCUGCCCCCCCGCGUGGGGCUGCCCCCCCAGCCGGGCUUCUCUGCGCAGUUCGUGUCCCCGUACCCACCGGCGCUCCCCCAGAGGCCCCCGCCCCGCCUGCCCCCACACCAGCCCGGCUUCAUCCUCUAGGCGCCUCCCAGGGGGCUGCCACCCGGGGGGCCGGGCACGGGGGCCUGUAGAUGUAGAAGCAGGUGUGUCCUGCCCCCGCCCUGUCCCCAGACGCCGGUGCCCAGCCCGUGGGGGGCCGGCGUGGAAGGUGCUUCUGAUUGGGGGGCGUCGCCAGCCCCCCGGGACCUGGAAGCCACAAGCGGAGUUUGCACCGGCUGCGGCUGGCCAGUGCCACUCAGCAGAACACCCCACAUCUCACCAAGUCCUUUUCCUGUUUUAUAUUGGAAAACUUUUUCGAUACUCGUAAAGGACCAUUCAGGGAAUCUACAAAGACGCACACGUGUUGUGAGCCGUGGAGCGGAGGCGGCCCCUGUGGCCAGCAGUGCGCCCGCCCGCGCUGUGCCUUAGCCUGACCGGUGUGUGUGUGUGGGGGUGGGGAGCGCCGCCACAUGUGACCGUCCCAGCAGGCCUGGGCGAGGCCGCAGCCUUUGCACUCUCCCCUUGCUCUGCGCCUAGACUUGAAGCCGAACUUCCGCGGCUGCGCGUGGACUCGCCAUAAAUCUAGAACAAGGUGCCACCCGGCCCCUGGGGUCCCACCAAAAGGGCGCGUGGUGUCCUCCCGGGGGCAGCGGCCGCCCUGCCACCUCUGGGGCCACAUUGGAGCUGUUUGUAAAGUUGUAGUAGGAUCUUUUACAUAGAAGAAAAUAAACAAGUUCUUGGUA